CAAAUGCCAAACUGCGCCUGAGCGGUAAAUUUUAUCACGUGGCAAACUGAAAAGAGGAAGUAGAAAAGUCAGCUGACUUCGAAAAGCCUUUCAAGAAAACACGGACUAUAGAUCUCGUAAUACAUUUUCUGUUAGUUUGGGAUAUUAAAAUAACCAGGGCACUCAAACACCACCAUGGCUGGGCGAGGUAAACUAAUUGCUGUCAUUGGUGAUGAAGAUACAUGUACAGGAUUCCUGCUUGGGGGUGUUGGCGAGUUGAAUAAGAACCGUAAGCCCAAUUUCUUGGUGGUCGAAAAAGACACGAGCAUCACCGAGAUCGAAGAGACCUUCAAGAGUUUUCUGGCUCGCGAUGACAUUGGAAUCAUCCUGAUCAACCAGUUCAUUGCCGAGAUGAUCCGCCACGCGAUUGACGCGCAUAUGCAGUCGAUCCCCGCUGUGCUGGAGAUACCUUCUAAAGAGCACCCUUACGACGCUUCCAAGGACUCCAUCUUGCGGAGGGCGAAGGGCAUGUUCUCCGCAGAUGACUUCCGAUAAAUCCUGAACCGAAAGGAGAGCUGCAGGCUGGGAGCAGAAUAGGCAGAUUCAUGACCAAUAGGAGAAUUCCCCGAUCCCACUGCAUGGGACUUGUUUUUUUGUGAUUUCCAAAACUUAAUUCCAUGCCUGGAAAACUGCUGCAAUGCUGAACAGUGUAGCCUUUUAAAACGUAGACUGUUUAGCGGUAAUAUUGAUCAUGUUUUCCAAGUUGUGUUUGUCAUGUAAUGUUAUAAAUUAUUUAUCCUGUGUAACAACAACAUGCUACAGAUAGUCAUGUGAGAUAGUACUGUGAUGUUUACCAUACCCUCUGUUAAGUUAAAGAAGUUAAAUAGUGUAAUCGUAUGGCAGUAUUUCACAUUAAUGAAGAUUUGUAUGCUAAAUCUUUAAUAGUAAUUGGUCAUCUUUCCAGUGUAAUUUUGGUCAUUUUGGAACGUCUUGGCUUUAGGUUAAUCAAUUAUGAGGGUCAACCUAAAUAAAAAUUAAGUAUAACCAUAACUUGGGUCUUCUGGGGGUUAUGGUGUUUCAAACUGUCCUAUGUGUAUUUUCCCCAAUUUAUUAGAGGAGUGCUUUAAUGCCCCAGGGUGCACUUCCUAGGAUACCAUGUCACAUACAAUUUGGUCUUGUUCCCCAAUCUGUUCAGAUAUUCAGAACCUGUGACUAAUCAAAGCAGAGGGUUGUGAGUCAUCAUUAGCAAUUACGGCAAUGGUAACACAGACGUGUGUGUGUGUGUGUGUGUCUGUGACUGAAUAUCUUCAAGUGCUUCAUUUUAAACUUCCAUAAUAAUUAUGUAUGUUUGUGCAUCACUGCAUAUAGGAAUGCAUAUUACACAAAUCCAUUAUAAAAUCAUUCAGUGAAAACCUAAACUAUUUGUGACUCUGCCUAUGUGCAGCUUUGUAAGCUUCCACCUGCCUUUGAGGUUCAGUCUAACUUAUUCCUUUAAAAAGAUUGUUGUGAAGGCAAUAUUGAUGUUCAUUAGAUAGCUCUGCAUUUUCUGUGGAUUUGUGGAUCUUGUUUGCACUUGUCAUGUUUUAUUGAAAAACAACUUUACGUUGAAAAUGAAAGUCGGCUCAUAAAUCAGAUUAUUCAACAUUCA